GCAGCAGAGAGGGAGGUUGGACCGGGAACAAUAGAGAGAAGCGAAGCCAGCCCCUGAAACGCCAAACAAACCGAGAGGGCGACAGAAAGAAAGAAACCCAGCGAAGGGGAGGGAUGGAGGGAGAAAGAGAGAGAGAGAGGGAAACGGAGAACAUGUGAGGACUAACGACAAGCGAGGAUUUUUUUUCCGGACCGGAGGGGCUUUUAUUUCUGUCUCUUUCUCUUUGUCGGUGGAUUGUAUUGAACCGGAUUCCGACAUGAACCCUGCAGAAGCGGCCGAGGAGGCGCCCAGCGACCCCGACACUGAUGCCUUCUACAAAACAGGGUCAUUAAGGACUGAAGGCAUCAAGGCGUCAGAUGUUCUUCCCGUGUUAAAGGAGAAAGUUGCCUUCGUGUCAGGUGGGCGAGAUAAAAGAGGCGGACCAAUCCUGACAUUUCCUGCCAGGAGUAACCACGACCGAAUAAAACAGGAAGACCUGAGGAGACUGGUAACCUACCUGUCUACUGUUCCCAGUGAGGAUGUAUGUAAACGUGGUUUCACCGUCAUCAUUGACAUGCGUGGUUCUAAGUGGGAGCUGAUCAAGCCUCUGCUGAAGACACUGCAGGAGUUUUUCCCGGCGGAGAUCUGUGUGGCGCUCAUCAUCAAACCGGACAACUUCUGGCAGAAACAGAAGACGAACUUCGGCAGUGCGAAGUUCUCCUUUGAGACCAGCAUGGUGUCAGUUGAAGGUCUGGCCAAACUGGUGGAUCCCUCCCAGCUGACAGAUGACUUUGAAGGCUCUCUGGACUACAACCACGAGGAGUGGAUGGAGCUGAGAGUCUCUCUGGAGGACUUCAUGUCCAACGCUGUUCACCUGCUGUCCAGACUGGAAGACUUGCAGGAGCUUCAGUCCAAAAAGGAGUUUCCUGCAGAUGUGGAGGGAUCUCGUCGGUUGAUAGAUGAGCACACACAGCUGAAGAAAAAAGUGCUGAAGGCCCCAGUGGAGGAGUUGGAUCGGGACGGCCAGAGGUUGCUGCAGUGUAUUCGAUCUAGUGAUGGUUUUUCAGGGAGGAACUGCAUCUCAGGCUCUGCUGACUUCCAGAGCUUAGUGCCCAAGGUGGCCAGUCUGCUGGAUAAGCUCCACUCCACGAGGCAGCAUCUCCAUCAGAUGUGGCAUGUCAGGAAGCUGAAGCUGGAUCAGUGCUUCCAGCUCCGCCUGUUCGAACAGGACGCCGAGAAGAUGUUUGACUGGAUCAGCCACAACAAGGAAGUGUUCUUGCAGAGCCACACAGAGAUUGGCCGAGGAUACCAACAUGCUGUGGAGCUGCAGACUCAACACAACCACUUUGCCAUGAACUCCAUGAAUGCCUAUGUAAAUAUCAACAGAAUCAUGUCAGUGGCGAGCCGCCUGGCAGAGGCCGGUCACUACGCCUCCACACAGAUAAAACAGAUCUCGAGUCAGCUGGAUCAGGACUGGAAAAGUUUCGCUGCUGCACUUGACGAGCGCUCCACCAUCCUCGCCAUGUCGUCUGUCUUUCACCAGAAGGCUGAACAGUUCCUGUCGGAGGUGGAGGCCUGGUGUAAAGUCUGCAGUGAGGGGGGGUUACCGUCCGAGAUGCAGGAGCUGGAAAUCGCCAUCCACCGCCACCAGAGCCUGUACGAGCAGGUGACCCAGGCUUACACGGAGGUCAGUCAGGACGGUAAAGCCCUAUUGGAUGUCCUCCAGAGGCCUCUGAGUCCCGGCAACUCUGAUUCGCUGACAGCCUCUGCCAAUUACUCCAAAGCGGUUCACUGCAUCCUGGAUGUGGUUCACGAGGUUCUCCACCAUCAGCGGCGUCUGGAGAAUAUUUGGCAGCAUCGAAAGGUCCGACUGCACCAGAGACUGCAGCUGUGUGUGUUCCAGCAAGACGUCCAGCAGGUGAUGGACUGGAUAGAAAACCACGGCGAGGCUUUCCUCAGCAAACACACUGGCGUUGGGAAAUCCCUUCACAGAGCCCGAGCCCUGCAGAAAAGACACGACGACUUUGAAGACGUUGCUCAGAACACAUACACUAAUGCCGACAAGCUGCUGGAGGCAGCUGAGCAGCUGGCUCAGACCGGAGAGUGUGACCCCGAGGAAAUCUACAAGGCAGCCAGGCACCUGGAAGUCCGAAUCCAGGACUUUGUCCGCCGAGUCGAACACAGGAAGCUGCUGCUCGACAUGUCCGUCUCCUUCCACACGCACACCAAGGAGCUGUGGUCGUGGAUGGAGGAGCUGCAGAAGCAGCUGCUGGACGAAGUGUGCUGCAAUUCGGUGGAUUCAGUUCAGACUCUGAUCCAGCAGUUUCAGCAGCAGCAGACGGCCACACUGGAGGCAACGCUCAAUGUGAUUAAAGAGGGAGAGGAAUUAAUACAGCAGCUCAGAGAUGCCGCCAUGUCGACCAAUAAGACGCCUCACUGCAGUUCCAUUGCACACAUCCAGGGGGUGCUGCAGCAGCUGGACGAGGCUCAGGGCCAGAUGGAGGAACUGUUCCACGAACGCAAAAUCAAGCUGGACAUCUUCCUCCAGCUGCGCAUAUUUGAGCAGUAUACCAUAGAGGUCACAGCGGAGUUGGACGCCUGGAACGAGGAUCUAUCCCGUCAGCUGAACGACACCGGCCGCUCCGGCGCUAGCAGCGGCAGCAGCAGCGGGGGAGGCGGCGCCUCUUCCUCCGCCGGCGCAGAGGACAUCGGCCUGGCUGAGCAGCGGCUGAAACGCCACGCAGAGAGGAAGGCAGCCAUGAACAACAUGACCUACGAAGUGAUGCAGCAGGGUCAAGACCUGCACCAGUACAUCAUGGAGGUCCAGGCUUCAGGAAUCGAGCUGACAGGGGAGAAGGACAUGGACUUGGCUGCUCAGGUUCAGGAGCUGUUGGAGUUCCUCCAUGAGAAGCAGCAGGAGGUGGAGCUCAACGCGCAACACACGCACACGCGGCUGGAGCAGAUCCUGCAGCUACGCCACCUACAGGCCGAGGUUAAACAGGUGUUGGGUUGGAUACGUAACGGUGAGUCCAUGUUAAACGCCAGCAUGGUGAACGCCAGCUCUCUGUCUGAGGCUGAGCAGCUGCAGAGGGAACAUGAGCAGUUCCAGAUGGCUAUAGAGUCUCUCUUUCAUGCUAACUCUCUCCAGAAGACUCAUCAGAGCGCUCUGCAGGUCCAGCAAAAAGCUGAGAUGGUGCUGCAGGUAGGCCACUAUGACCCAGAGGCCAUCAGAGGCUGUGCUGAGAAAGUGGCUGUGCACUGGCAGCAGUUGAUGCUGAAGAUGGAGGACCGUCUGAAGCUCGUCAAUGCCUCUGUGGCCUUUUACAAGACGUCUGAGCAGGUGUGCAGUGUGUUAGAGAGCCUGGAGCAGGAGUAUCGUCGGGACGAGGACUGGUGCGGCAGCCACGAUAAGUUGGGAAUGUCGUCCGACUGUGAACACCUUAUACCUCUGAUCAGUAAACACCUGGAGCAGAAAGAAGCCUUCCUCAAGGCGUGCACUCUGGCCCGGAGGAACGCGGAGGUGUUUCUGAAGUACAUCCACAGGAACAAUGUGAGCAUGCCCGGAGCCGCCGGUCACACCAGAGGACCCGAACAACAAGUUAAAGCCAUUCUGAAUGAGCUGCUGCAGCGAGAGAACAGAGUGCUUCACUUCUGGACGUUAAAGAAACGGAGGCUGGACCAAUGUCAGCAGUACUUGGUAUUUGAACGCAGCGCCAAACAGGCAUUGGAUUGGAUCCAAGAGACCGGUGAAGUUUACCUGGCCACACACACGUCACCUGGUGACAGCAACGAGGAAACGCAGCAGCUCCUCAACGACUACCGUCACUUCAGACUAACUGCCAAGCAAACCAAGGAGAAGGUGAAGCUGCUCAUCCAGUUGGCGGACAACCUGGUGGAGAAAGGCCACGCUCACGUGUCGGAGCUGAAGCGCUGCGUCAGCACGGUGGACCGCAGAUACCGCGACUUCUCCCUCCGCAUGGGCAAAUACCAGGAGAGCCUAGAAAGGAGCCUGGGAGUCAGCUCUGAGGACAAUAAAGACUUGGAGUUGGACAUUAUCCCCGCCAGCCUGACCGACGACCCCGAGGUCAAAUUGCGCGAGCCGAACCACGAGGUCAAUGAGGAAAAGAGGAAGUCCGCCAGAAAGAAGGAGUUCAUCAUGGCAGAGCUGCUGCAGACAGAGAAGACCUACGUCAGAGACCUCCACGAGUGUCUCGAGACCUACCUGUGGGAGAUGACCAGCGGUGUGGAGGAGGUUCCCCCAGGCAUCGCCAACAAGGAGCAUAUCAUCUUCGGCAACAUGCAGGAUAUCUGGGACUUCCACAACAAUAUUUUCCUGAAGGAGCUGGUGAACUAUGAGCAGCUACCAGAGGAUGUCGGUCACUGCUUUGUCACCUGGGCUGACAAGUUCCACAUUUACGUGGAUUACUGUAAGAACAAGCCAGACUCCAGUCAGCUUAUCCUGGAGCAUGCUGGCACCUUCUUCGACGACAUUCAGCAGAGACGUGGACUGGCUAACUCCAUCUCCUCCUACCUCAUCAAACCAGUCCAGAGGAUCACCAAGUACCAACUACUGCUCAAGGAGCUACUGUCAUGCUGUGAGGAGGGUAAAGGGGAGAUUAAAGAUGGCUUGGAGGUGAUGCUCAGUGUUCCAAAGAGAGCUAAUGAUGCCAUGCAUCUCGCCAUGUUGGAGGGCUUUGAGGAAAACCUGGAGGUGCAGGGCGAGCUGAUCCUGCAGGACAGUUUCCAGGUUUGGGAUCCACGCUCGCUGAUCAGGAAGGGGCGGGACCGACACCUCUUCCUGUUCGAGUUCUCCCUGGUCUUCAGCAAGGAGAUCAAAGACUCAGCUGGCAGAACCAAGUACCAGUACAAGAACAAACUACUGACAUCGGAGUUGGGGGUGACCGAGCACAUUGAGGGCGAUCCAUGUAAAUUUGCUCUUUGGGCAGGGAGAACCCCCUCCUCAGAUAAUAAAACGGUGCUAAAGGCGUCCAAUGUGGAAGCUAAACAGGAGUGGAUCAAAAACAUCAGGGAGGUGAUCCAGGAGAGGAUGACUCACCUGAAGGGGGCGCUCAAGGAGCCUCUUCAUCUGCCUAAAACACCAGCACUGACCAAACCCAGGAAUAACACUAAGAGGGAGGGAGGUGAAGAUGGAGACAGUCAGGGAGACGGCAGCAGCCAACCAGAUACCAUCUCCAUCGCCUCCAGGACGUCCCAAAACACUGUAGACAGCGACAAGCUCUCUGGUGGUUGUGAGUUGACAGUGGUCCUUCAGGACUUCACAGCAGGAUGCAGCACGGAGAUGUCAGUCAGCACCGGCCAGACGGUGGAGCUGUUGGAGCGGCCGAGCGAGCGACCCGGUUGGUGUCUGGUCCGAACCACCGAACGCAGCCCGCCACAGGAGGGGCUGGUUCCCAGCUCCACACUCUGCGUGUCCCACUCGCGCUCCAGCGUGGAGAUGGACUGCUUCUUCGGCUCAGGGAAAGAAAACUACCCUGUCAGCAGCUCUGAUGGCAAGACCGAGUCGGUGGCGAACCUUCAGCCGCAGCCAUCCCUCAGCUCGCUGCAGUCCAGCUCCCCUGGACCCAAACGCUCCGGGAACACCCUGAGGAAGUGGCUGACCAGUCCAGUCCGCCGCCUCAGCCACGGCAGCUCCGUCAAGAAACUCCCCAAUAACAAACAGAAGAAGACCGGACCCGGAUCAGGAAGAGAGGAAAGCAGGAAGAGUAUUGACCUGGGACAGCCUGACCUUACAAUGCAGGAUGACAUCAUCGAUGAGAGAUUCAUCGGGAAGGAUGGGAACGUUCUCUCUAAGCCCCCCUCUGGGAUGCAGAGCGGUGGGGAGGAGGAGCAGGACGAGGAGGCUCACACCCCUCUGCCCCCCCCCAUGGAGAUCAUCAAGGACCCCUCAGCUCAGGACGACAAGUCUUCGUCCUUGCUAACGUCUCUGCAGUCGUCCUCUGAGGUGCCCAGCGCUGCAGAGCUGGUUAGCGCCAUAGAAAAACUGGUUAAAACCAAAAUGACUCUGGAACCAGGAGCGUACCCCGGCUUCUCCUCUCUCUCCCCGCCAGAGCAAACCACUCCCGUCCAGCCGCGAAACCCCGAACUGGAGCAGAGAGCCAAAGCUAUGAGAGGACGGAUGUUUGUCCUGAACGAGCUGAUUCAGACAGAGAAGGACUACGUCAAAGACCUGGGCAUCGUGGUGGAGGUCUUCAUGAAGAAGAUCGAGGAGAAGGGCAUCCCGGAUGACAUGAAAGGAAAAGACAAAAUCGUCUUCGGGAACAUCCACCAGAUCUACGACUGGCACCGAGAUUUCUUCGUAGGAGAGCUGGAGAAAUGUCUGGAAGACCACGAACACCUUCCUGAGCUCUUCAUCAAACACGAGAGAAGACUCCACAUGUAUGUGGUUUACUGUCAGAAUAAGCCAAAGUCGGAGUACAUCGUAGCAGAAUAUGACACAUAUUUUGAUGGAAUCCAGCAGGACACCCAGUGCCGGUUGACCCUCAGUGACUUCCUCAUCAAACCGAUCCAGAGAAUCACCAAAUACCAGCUGCUACUCAAGGACUUCCUGAAGUACAGCUCCAAGGCAGGCAUCGACUGCGAACAAAUUGAGAAAGCAGUAGAUCUGAUGUCUCAAGUCCCUAAACUGUGUAAUGACAUGAUGAAUUUGGGUCGGCUGCAGGGAUACGAGGGCAAACUGACCUGUCAGGGCAAACUGCUGCAGCAGGAAACCUUCUUUGUAACAGAGCAGGACGCCGGCGUCCUGUCGCGCUCCAAAGAACGGCGAGUUUUCCUCUUUGAGCAGAUCGUCAUCUUCAGUGAGCUGCUGAGGAAAGGCUCGUCCACGCCCGGAUACCAGUUCAAGAAGAGCAUCAAGGUAUCCUACCUGGGUCUGGAGGACAGCGCCGACAGCGAUCCUUGUAAGUUUGUCUUGUCGUGUCGCGGCUCGUCAGAGCGCUUCACCCUGCAGGCCGCCAACGUCGACAUCAAGCAGGUCUGGGUCCGACACAUCCAGGAUGUCCUGGAUGCUCAGAGCAACUUCCUGUCUGCUCUCCAGUCUCCCAUCGAGUACCAGAAGAGCGGAGCCGGCGGCAGCUCCUCGCUGACCAGAAACCGCUCGUCCUCCGGGAGCCGGCCCUCUGUUUCGUCUCACAGCCGCCCGUCCUCUGCCGUCGGCCUCGGGGACAAGGAGACGGAGAGAGGGAGGAGCCAGAUGAAGGCGUCUACCUCCAACGGCGGCUCGACGUGUUUCGACUCCAGGGACAUUGAAGGCGGCUGUAACGGCGUCUCCUCCACGAUGUUGGUCUCGCAGGACUACUCGGCGCUCAAGGAGAACGAGAUCUGCGUCAGUCAGGGAGAGACGGUCCAGAUCCUGGCCACCAAUCAGCAGAACAUGUACCUCGUCUAUCGGCCAGCCAACAGCCAAUCGCCCGCCGCCGAGGGCUGGGUGCCGGGACACAUCGUAGUCCCGCUCACAAGGUCCAUAAAAGACUCUUCUUCUACUUCCUCCUUCUCGGCGGCGGUGGCCGACGCCAACAACAUCAAGUAAGUCCCCCCCCCAACCCCCCAAGCACUUCCUUUACCUGCAGACAGACGCACUUCUGGUUGGGCUCCAAACCAAGCACUCGGAUUGGAUGAGAGAUUGAGGUGACAAACUCUGUCUACCCAUUAUUUUUUUUAAUUUUUUUUUUAAAUCAGCUCCAAUCCCCUAGGUCCUCACUACUCAUGGCCUCUGCCCUCACCUCCUAACU